CAUGGAGUACUUGAUUGCCUUGAAGUUGAUCGAGCAUCAUGACAUUGCAGAAAGCUCGGAAACUUUGAAACCUUGGCGGCUUUUCCGAACGGAUGCCGCAGGCUUUUCCCGAGCAUUUUCCUCAGCCGUUGGCUACGUGACCCACUGCCAUGGUCAGUGUCUUGCACAAAGUUCAAUUUAUUUGACCGCAACAUUGAAACUGGCGCAAACAAUAAUAACAAAUAACAAACGGAUAAAUGAAAAGCCAAAACUUGGCCAAAAACAAUGCCAACCAAGUGGCGCAGGAAAACUAGUUGCAUGCCCACCGAAAAAGGAAAAACAAAAUAAAGAAAAUAGCAAAAGAAAAACCACACGAACCCGUUUGGCGGGCAAAUCAAACUGGCGCCUGCAUCUGGAUUGGAUGUCGAAGUCGCUGGCGAUUAUGUCAUGGCUGCAUGAUUCCAACUGCGGAAAGCUGUGCGCUUGUGGGCUGGUUUAAAUGUGGCCAAAACAAAGUGGCUAGCGAGCCUAGCCUGGCUGGCCAAACUGGAGAUAGUCGCGGCUUUAACCAUGAAAUCGCGCCACAAGGCUGCGCAUUAAAGCGCUGGCCACGAAGCUAAACGGACGCGUUCAAACUGAGCAACUGCAAAUGGGAGUCCGUGUUGUACUUUUGGCCGUUAUGGGCCUGGGCGCCAUGUAUAUGAUGCAUCUGUUGGCACAGGACUGGAAUCGCAUACGACCCAUACAGGGUAUUACGAACCUGGCAGGACAGGCCAGCUCCGCACUGAAUCUGCAACGGGUGACCAGUUUCAUCGGACAGACCAGCUCGGCGCUGACUUUGCAACGUGGCAAACGUGCCACAUUGAGUCGCGAACUGAGCUGGGUGCAUGGCAGGCAGGAUGCGGGUGCAGUGCAUCAAGCCGCGUCCAUUGACUGGAAGCGCAUACUUGCCCGCGAUCCCUUCGAGUGCUUGCAGUCGCUCAUCUGUCAGCUAAUGUCUGGCGCGGAGGCGAAUUCGGCAGAGGCCGAGCUGCUGAUGAAUUUCAUGGAAUCCUCACUGGAACUGGCGCCAGCCAAAAUUGGACGCGCCUUCAGUCGUGGUCUGGCGCUGCGCGGACGCACCGAUCGCUGUUACAAUGAGUAUCCAUUCUGUUUGUACUCCGCCAAGACCAUGCUGCGCAUCCUGCGCUGGUUCAGCGAAACGGGCAACCUGCCAGAGGACGAUCUUCAAUACUAAGGCUUCAGCUGUUGCGAA